AUGAGCCGGGAGGAGCGGCAGAGCCAGGCCUGGGUUGGGGGUUCCUGCCGCUGGGUCUGGCCCGGGGCCCCUGGGAGGGAGCCGCAGGGCGCCCUGGGUCCCCCCACCCCGGCCACCCUCUGGCCGGCCCAGCCGCCCUGCAGAGCGGAUGCAGGUAGGAGGCCCGUGGCCGGGGCAGGCGGGUGGGUGGAAGGGGGCAGGCCGGGGCCCAGCAGGAGGGCCACGGGAAAGGCCAGGCAGCUGGCCCGGACGCUGGCCCUGGGGACCCCGCCUGGGGCGGCCUGGGCUCCUGACCCCGGGGCGGCUCCCGGUGCCUGGGCCCUGAGCGGGCAGGACGGGGCCGAGGCGGGAGGGCGCCCUGGCGGUGAGCUCCCCGCGUGCCUCCCCCAGGGUGCUGCCUCGGAGGAGGGGCCGGCCGCCGGGGCCCGGCGGGGCGACUGCAUCGUCUGCUACUCGGCCUACGACCUGGCCGGCCGCCUGCCGCGCCGCCUGUACUGCGGCCACACCUUCUGCCAGGCGUGCGUGCGGAGGCUGGACGCACCCGCCCACGAGCAGCGCUGGAUCCCCUGCCCGCAGUGCCGCCAGAGCACCCCCACGCCCCGCGGAGGGGUGGCCAUGCUGGACCUCGACCUGGCCGCCUUCCUGGCCAUCAGGGCCGAGCGGGAGCCCCCCCGGGCCGGGCCCCGGCCCCCCGCGCCCCUCAAAGGCGGCCCCGCGGUCACGCAGCAGCCCGCCGUGCUCUGCCCGGCCCUGGGCCCCCAGCCCCGCUUCCCCCAGCCCUGCUGCUGCUGCUGCUGCUGCGGCUGCGGCCAGCUCUGCUGGGCGCCCCCGGGCAGCCCUGGCGUCUGAGCUCUGGCCGUGGCGGCCCCAGGGGCAGGAUCAGGGCGCUGGCGCACAGCCCACCCGGAACAGCCCGGGGACUCAGAGUCCGGGCGCCACCCCCCACGGACGCCUGGGCCACGGCACUGGAGGCUCUGCAGGGACGGUGACUGCCCCCCAAGCCGCAGGGGUCCCGGCCCCGAGCUGGCCUGGGUGCAGGGGUGGAGGCUGCUGCCCGAGUCUGUAAGCCCCUUCCUGACCCCUCCCAGGGGUCUCAGUGGGCGUGGGGGGGCUGGGUGGGUGCUUCCCUGAGUGGGUGCCCGCUAUGCUGGCAGCCUGUGGCGUUUUCACUCAACAAAGCUCGCUGAAACCACCGUGUCUGUGCCAUGAGGGGCCCUGCAGGCAUGAGGUCACC